AUGACUGAUGAUAAAAAAAAAGGAAAAUUUAUAGUUUUUGAAGGUUUAGAUAGAUCUGGGAAAUCUACCCAAUCAAAACUACUUGUUGAAUAUUUAAAAAAAAAUAAUGUUGAAGUUAAGCAUUUAUAUUUCCCAAAUAGGGAAACAGGAAUAGGUCAAAUAAUUUCGAAAUAUUUAAAGAUGGAAAAUAGUAUGUCUAACGAAACUAUUCAUUUAUUAUUUUCAGCCAACAGAUGGGAACACAUGAAUGAAAUAAAAAAUCUCUUGUCAAAAGGCAUAUGGGUUGUCUGUGAUAGAUAUGCAUAUUCAGGAGUAGCAUAUUCUUCAGGGGCCUUGAAUUUAAAUAAAACGUGGUGUAUGAACCCAGAUCAGGGUCUAAUAAAACCGGACAUGGUUUUCUAUCUUAAUGUUCCACCGAAUUAUGCUCAAAAUAGAUCAGACUAUGGAGAAGAAAUUUAUGAAAAAGUAGAAACUCAAAAAAAAAUUUAUGAAACAUAUAAACACUUCGAAAAUGAAGAUUACUGGAUAAAUAUCGAUGCCACAAGAAAGAUAGAAGAUAUACACAACGAUAUAGUUAAAGAAGUAACCAAAAUGAAAGUAGAAACAGAAGAAUUCAAUUUUUUGUGGUCAUAA